CCCAAUUAUUGAUAUGUGCCUGUACCCAUACUAAAAACAAAAUAAAGUAUAUAAAUGUAUUAAAAUAUGUAUAGGAAUAAAAGUUUUAUUUCCACCGCUCAUUUACGCUUUUGAUCACCGUAAUAGGUAUCUAAUAGAAAAUUAAAUAUUUGUUACUAAUUAAAGUUAUGUUUAGUAAUUAGCCGUUCGCGAGCGAUAUUUUUCUUAACUAUUGUCCGAUGACAGGGGACAAAAUUUAGGCCCGAAAAAUGAGUGCGCACCAAGAAUAGAAACAUUCUCUGUUAGCGUAUAUUGAAGAUAUUUUUAGUUUAGCAGUUUUCAGCGGAGUGGGUCCCGCCGCACUUACGCGAAUGUGCGAUGUUAGUUUUCAGGUGAUGUGUGUUGUGACAAAUAAAGUUAGCAUGUUGAUGUGAUCCUAGUUUACGGUCGCGAAGAAUGAUCAACCCCAAUGUACAGCUCUGGUUAUUCUUAUAAUCACUACCGCCCGAAUAGGGAUAGUGUUCGUGAAAAGGUUAGACGGGCCGAGGACUUAAGGAGUAGCUACGUGCAGUCUCCAUGGGUGUACCAUACAUCUGGCAUGCCUAUAAAAUCGACUGUUAGCUACAAACCCUUUGAUACCUCAUCCAACCCCAGCAGUACUCCCACCCACUUGCACAGACCUCGUUAUACCCGUUCGUCGACCACAAGUAACGUCGCGCAACUACUCAGUGAUUCAUGCUCCAGCUUAUUUCAAAAAUUAACCACCAGGGUGCGUGGACUAUCUACUACAGUAGAACGACAACUUCCUAACGAUAACUUUUCAACUCCGUCAACAAACUCUCUAUCAAAUUCCACUUCAUCAAGAGGUUUUGUUCCUUUAUCUAAUAGUAAAAGCACUACUGUUGUUCCCAACUUCGGACAUACCAUUACUAGACUAGAAGAUAAAUACUCCUCAGUUUUGGACAAGAUAUAUAAAAAGAGUAAAGUUCCUGAAAAGACACCAGUUCGUCAAGUUCCCCAUGGAAGAGCUCUAACGAAAAGUUCCACGACUGUUAACUGCUAUUAUCCAGAAAAAUCUAUCUAUAAUGAUGUUAGAGAUCAUUCUACUACUGUGUACAGAAGAGAAAAGACACCUUAUAAGGAAAGUAGAAAAUCCUUGCAUUCGACAAGGCAUUAUCCAGAACCUCAAUAUGUUUACUUAGAUAAGGAUUCAGCCUAUCGAGUACGACAUAAAUCAAAUCAUUCCGAAUUACGACCCAGACGAUCUUCGAAACCAAAUAAUAGAAAUGGGUUGAGUGAGGUGAAUGACAGAAAAGCGACAUCGCACCUCAAAUUAUGCCCCGUGGAGAUAAAAUACCACGAAAUACCCACAACAGCACCUGCAGCCGUACACACAAACUUCGAAAAAACACUCAGCCCUCCAAAUUCGCUUCUAAUACCUGGCGAUAAAGAAGAAAUAACACCAACUCCUAGCUUACCCGAUGAGGAAUCAAAGAGAGAAGCUAAAAGAAUAGAAAUUCAAAAUUUAAUAGCCAAGUAUUCCGCUCUAGACGAGGCCUAUAAGGUUCACAACGAUAGUGCAUACAGUUCCUCGAAUAGUACGGCUAGUGCUAGUACUAGUACGAAACCUAGUGUCCUAGCAAGUGUAACACAGAAAUACUAUCCUAACUUGGUGACAGCUAGUUCACCGAUUCCUAUUGAAGAUGACGAUGAGGGACAUCUGGUAUAUAAAGCAGGCGAUAUUCUGCAAAAUAGAUACAAAGUUUUAGGAACUCUAGGUGAGGGUACAUUUGGAAAAGUUGUUAAAGUAAUAGAUCUCAAAAAAGACUGCCAUAGAGCUUUAAAAAUAAUUAAAAAUGUAGAAAAAUACAGAGAAGCAGCUAAAUUAGAAAUUAACGUACUAGAAAAACUAGCUGAAAAAGAUCCUGAUUGUACAAACUUGUGUGUAAAAAUGUUGGACUGGUUCGAUUACUAUGGUCAUAUGUGCAUUACUUUCGAAAUGCUAGGCCUGAGUGUUUUCGAUUUUUUGAAAGAUAAUAACUACCAACCUUAUCCACUGGACCAAGUUCGUCAUAUCGGCUAUCAAUUGUGUUAUUCCGUAAAAUUUUUACAUGAAAACAGACUUACCCAUACGGAUCUUAAACCGGAAAAUAUUUUGUUCGUAGAUUCUUCCUAUGAACUGGUUUAUGACGUAAAAAAGAGACGAGAUGUGAUGAGGGUUAAGAGAACUGAUGUUAGGUUAAUAGACUUUGGUAGUGCCACUUUUGACCAUGAACAUCAUAGUACCAUAGUGUCUACACGCCACUAUAGGGCACCAGAAGUGAUUUUAGAAUUAGGUUGGUCACAACCGUGCGAUGUGUGGUCCAUAGGUUGUAUAUUAUUUGAAUUGUACCUAGGUAUAACUCUUUUUCAAACCCAUGAUAACAGAGAACAUUUAGCGAUGAUGCAGCGAAUUAUUGGAGAAAUUCCCGCGAGCAUAGCUAAGAGAUCGAAAACACGGUACUUUUACAAAGGAAAACUUGAAUGGGACGAUAAAAGUGCAGCAGGGAGAUAUGUUAGAAAUAAUUGUAAACCGUUAUUGAAAUACCGCCAAUCUGAAGAUCCAGAUCACAAUGCUCUUUUUGACCUUAUAUUUAAAAUGUUGGAAUACGAACCAUUAGAAAGAAUAACUUUAGGCGAAGUACUGCACCAUCCAUUUUUUACAAAGUUCAACCACGAUAAAAUGGGAAGCGCAGUUAUUCCACAUAUAAGAAAAAACAGAAGUUUAUCCAGAUGAAACUGGAAAAAUUUUAAAUUAAUUUUAUAAAUACUUCCAAAAACCUUUCGUACUUUGUAUAAUUUCGAAUUCUUUAUGUUGUAAGUACAAGUUCACGAUGUCGUAAAUAGAUCUUGAACAAAUUGUUUUAUUAAUGUGGAUUCAUUUGUAGAUUGAUUUCCAGAAUGUGAAAUCGCUCUGUACAAAUAAUACAACUGUCUCCACAUUAAACUUAAUUUCAAUGAUAUAAAUCUAGCGCAUAAAAGAUAAAAACCUUUAUUCCUUAAGAUGUGCCUUAAUAUUUAUUUAAAUAAAUAAGUUAAAUCGGUGAUUUACUGUGAUCAAAUUCAAAGUGCUUGAUUCAAUUUUAAAGUAUAUAUUGAUACAGAUGUACAUACAUUUUGAAAUAAAUGACAUAUAUUUAUU